UAUAAUUGUAGGCUUGGUAGUGGUUACUGAACAUUACUGUAGAGGGUACAACACCCCUCCUUACGGCGGAGUUCUUAGCCAAGUUUCCGUUUGUCUGCACUCGAGUUCAUUAGUGAUUCCUCACCUUCUCCAAGCUCAUUUCGUGCUUUCGAGUUGACUACCACAUCUUGGCCCAGCUACUCUAAUUAGUCUUCAGAGUUUUAUAACGCUAGAGCUUACAAUACCUGCACUAUGGCUCGUACCAAGCAGACGGCUAGGAAGUCCACUGGAGGAAAGGCUCCUAGGAAGCAGCUUGCUACAAAGGCUGCAAGGAAGUCUGCUCCUACGACAGGAGGAGUGAAGAAGCCUCAUCGUUAUCGCCCCGGAACUGUCGCUCUUCGUGAGAUUCGCAAGUACCAGAAGAGUACCGAGCUGCUUAUCCGAAAGCUUCCUUUCCAGCGACUGGUCCGUGAAAUUGCUCAGGACUUCAAGACGGACCUUAGGUUUCAAAGUCACGCGGUGCUUGCGCUUCAAGAAGCCGCGGAAGCUUAUCUCGUCGGUCUGUUCGAGGACACCAACUUGUGCGCGAUUCACGCCAAGCGUGUCACCAUCAUGCCUAAGGACAUCCAGCUGGCUCGGCGCAUUCGCGGAGAGAGGGCCUAAAAACGUUGCGGGUAAAAUUGUAUAGAAGUCAUGGUGGAGCUUCCAAGCCGCUAUCGGCCUUUGACGUACUCCCUUCUCCUUGGGAAAUACGCUGCUUGUUCAUCUUUAGGACAGUCUUAGCGUCCAUUUCUACGAUGGAUUUCUGGAUCUGGGAAUGGCGUUUUGGACUGUCGUACAUUUACUAACAGGACAUUUCUCUAGGAAGGUGAUGCGUUGUUCUGUUAGGAGUCCGGUAUUGGAUGUCAUGAAAGAGCGCACAAUAGCACAGGCUAUCUGGUGGAAGGAUUUUUGUUGGUGGAACCAUUGUGGGGCAACUCUGUGAUACCCACCCAACUGUUUGGAUUUAUGAUAAA